AUGCCACCAAAGCGCAAGGCGGCUGCGCGACUGUCUGGCUUAGCCGGCUCAGACGAUGAGGACGUGAUGCAGGUUAACGAAGCUCAGGAACUACGCCCAGCGAAGAAACCCAGAGGAAGGCCUCGUUCAAAAGCCACGGAAAAUAAAACCCUAGUGAAGGCGAAAAAAGACUCACUGGCACCUCCGCAGGCCGUAGAGCCGACCACGAAACGCAACGCAAGGAGGGGACGGCCAAAGGGGGUUAGCAGCUCGGUGCACGCAGCGGAGACUCAGGAGACAAAGGAACAGGAACGUGACGAAGUGGAGGAGGGGGAUACUGCUUCGCAGCUGGCAGAAAAUGCGCCAGUUUCCCAUAAUGAGCGAGACACUCCGAAGCAAGCCUCGAAGGCCAAAAAAGCAGCGAAGCCUGCAGAAACCGCAGGCACACGUGGUCGGAAGAAAGUCAGCAUGGAGAAAAAAGUACAGACUGAUGGUGAAUUCGAAUACACUCCCACGGCGGUGCGACAGAUCAAAUCCCCCGAGAAACUGAAGGAGCAGAUAGAGCAGCCGGAGCAACUGAAGAGACAACAACGAAGAGCCCAACCAGAAGCUGACAAGGGUAAUGAGGUGCCCGAAGGUGAAAAGGAUGUGCCAGAUGUGGUGGUGGAGACAAUGCUGCAGGAUGGACCAGAGCAGUCCCGUUCUGGAUCCGCAUCACCAGCAAAGCGCCGACAAUCAAGUCAACGAAACUUGCCGAGUUCCCCAUUGAAGCGCAGAAGUGGAGGUUCCGGAGAAGACAAGAAAGGUGGUGGAGAACCGGAAUUGAGACGCAGAAUCGGCGACUUAACAAAGCAAAACGAUGCUUUGGAGAACCGAUAUCGUAUCCUCAAGGAGAUUGGGAUUGUGGAAGCAAAUGCCAAUAUGGAAAAGUUACGGAAACAGUGUGAAUCAAUGAAGACCGCUUCGGACAAUGUCAUUGCGUCUUUGAAAGAAGAGUUGGCGGCGCAAAAAGCACUUGGCCAGCAAAGCCGGGCACUUCAGAGACAGCUGAGGGAGCGCGAUGAUGAAAUCUCGCGACUGAAAUCGCAGGCUGAGGAAGCAUCUUCUCAGGUUUCAGCCACCCAAAACGAAGUGAAAGCUCUUAAGACCAAACUUGCUGCUGCCCGAAAUACCGCUGCUAGCCUGGAAAACGCCGCAAUCAAAAUGCCUGGCAGCGCAAUCAAAGGCGGUGGUGCUGCCAACCGUGCCAACGCUGCAGCGAACGCUGAAGCGGCCCAUGCGGCUCAGUUUGCGCAACUGAAGGAGGAUCUAUACAGUGAUCUUACUGGGCUCAUCAUUCGGGACGUGAAGAAAAGAGAGAACGACCAUUUGUAUGACUGUAUCCAGACUGGUAUUAACGGAACCCUUCAUUUCAAGUUAGCUGUCCCUCUGGAAUCAUCAUCUACCAACUUCGAGACUGCCGAGUUUCAGUAUAUUCCACUUUUGGAUGAGAAUCGAGAUCGCGAGUUGGUGGAUGUCCUUCCUGAAUAUCUUACGGUGGAUAUAACUUUUGUUCGCCAGCAAGCGUCGAAAUUCUAUACUCGAGUCAUUGACGCGCUCACCAAACGACGAUCCAGUUCAUCUCGUUGA